AUGCUGCUGAUUUUGUUCUUCAUAAUAAUUUGUUCCCACGUUUCUGUUAACCAGGAUUCGGGCCCUGAGUAUGCAGAUGUCGUGUUUCUGGUGGACAGCUCUGAUCAAGCUGGAAUUAAGUCCUUCCCGUAUGUGAAAAUGUUCUCAACAAAAUGGUCAAUGAUCUCCCCAUAGAGGCAACACAAAUACCGCGUGGGUCUGGCCCAGUACAGCGACCAGCUCCACAGCGAGUUCUACCUGAGCACCUUCAAGAGCAGGACCCUAUGCCUGAACCACCUCAGGAAGAGCUUUAAUUUCAUUGGCGGGUCCCUGCAGAUAGGCAACGCUCUCCGGGAGGUUCACAGGACCUAUUUCUCUGGACCUGCAAGCCAGAGAGACAAGAAACCAGUUUCCCCCAAUUUUGGUGGUUCUGCUUCAGCAAAGUCAGAGAUGAUGUUGGAAGAGGCUUCUGAUGCCGUCCGGAAAGACGGGGUUAAAAUCAUCUCCGUGGGGAUGCAGAAAGCUUCUGAGGAAACCUGAAGGUCCAUGGCAACGUCUCAGUUUCAUUUCACCUUCGGACAGUCAGAGACCUCAGGCCUGUUUUCCCAGAACAUGACACUGAUCAUCAAGGAUGCAACUCAGUACAAAGACGGAACAGUUGAUGAUAUCCUUGUAGAAGGUGGGUUUUGCCAAGGCCUUUCUGUGGCUGACGUCGUGUCCUGUUGGAUGUGUCAAUCAAUGAGCCAGGAGAACUUCAACUAUCUGAAAGAAUUCCUCAGAGAAAGCGUAUCUGCUCUUGACAUAAGGGAACACUGCAUGAGGGUUGGCAUCGUGGCCUACAGCAACGAGACAGAGGUGAUGAAUUCCCUGAGCACAGGCAUAAAUAAGACACUGGUUCUCCAGCAGAUCCAGAAUCUCUCACCCACACCGGGAAGAGCUCUUACCGGAGCUGCCAUCAGGAAGAUCAGAAAGGAGGUCUUCAGUGCCCAGAACGGCAGUCGGAAGAACCCAAGGGGGUGCCGCAGAUUGCUGUGUGUGACCCACAGACCGUCGGAAGACACGUGACGAAGGCGGCCGUUCCUCCGGCGCGAGGGCGUAGCUGUCUUUGCCGUGGGCAUAGAGGGCGCCGGUGACACCCAGCUGAAAAAGAUAGCAUCUCACCCCGCCAAGCAGUAUGUCUCCCAGCUGAAAACCUUCUCCGACCUGGCCGCCCACAACCGGACAUUUCUGAAGAAGCUGAGGAAUCAAAGAACACACAAAGUCUCUGUCUUCUCAGAGCGUACCGAAACCCUCAAAUCUGGUUGUGCGGACACUGAGGAAGCUGACAUCUACCUGCUCAUUGAUGGCUCCGGGAGUACCCAGGCCACCGACUUCCAGGAAAUGAAGACGUUCCUGUCAGAGGUCGUGAGAAUGUUUAAUAUCGCCCCCCACAAGGUACGGGUGGGGGCCGUUCAGUACGCAGACGGCUGGGACUUGGAAUUUGAGAUCAGUAAGUACUCCAACAAGCACGAUUUGGGGAAGGCCAUUGAGAAUAUCAGGCAGAUGGGAGGGAACACAAACACAGGGGCGGCCCUGAAUUUUACACUGGGGCUGCUGCAAAAAGCCAAGAAGCAGCGGGGAAACAAAGUGCCGUGCCACCUUGUGGUCCUGACGAACGGCGUGUCCAAGGACAGUGUCAUGGAACCUACGAGUAGACUGAGAGAAGAGCACAUCAAGGUUUAUGCUAUCGGAGUCAAGGAAGCCAACCAGACUCAGCUGCGAGAAAUUGCCGGAGAGGAGAAGAGAGUGUACUAUGUGCACAACUUUGACUCCUUGAAAGACAUAAGAAAUCAAGUUGUUCAAGCAAUCUGUGCUGAAGAAGCCUGCAAAGAGAUGAAAGCUGACAUCAUGUUCCUAGUGGACAGUUCUGGAAGUAUAGGACUUGAAAACUUCAUCAAAAUGAAAACGUUUAUGAAAAACCUGGUGAGCAAAUCUCAGAUUGGGGCAGAUCGGGUACAAAUUGGUGUGGUCCAGUUCAGCCACAUCAAUAAGGAGGAGUUCCAGCUCAACAGAUUCAUGUCCCAAAGUCAGAUUUUGGAUGCAAUAGACCGAAUGGCUCACAUUGGAGAAACCACUUUGACUGGAAGUGCCCUGACCUUCGUAUCUCAGUACUUUAGCCCCACCAAGGGGGCUCGGCCUGACGUCAGGAAAUUUCUCAUCCUCAUCACUGAUGGUGAGGCUCAGGAUAUAGUAAAGGACCCAGCAGUGGCACUUCGGCAAGAAGGCAUAAUUAUCUACUCUGUGGGGGUGUUUGGCUCCAAUGUCACCCAGCUCGAGGAGAUCAGUGGGAGACCAGAGAUGGUUUUUUAUGUUGAGAACUUUGACAUUCUGCAGCACAUUGAAGAUGAUCUUGUUUUUGGAAUAUGCAGCCCGCGUGAAGAGUGUAAGCGGAUUGAGGUUUUAGAUGUCGUUUUUGUAAUUGAUAGCUCUGGCAGCAUUGACCAUGAUGAGUAUAAUAUCAUGAAGGACUUUAUGAUUGGCUUGGUGAAGAAAGCCGAUGUUGGCAAGAACCAGGUCCGGUUUGGGGCCCUCAAGUAUGCUGAUGACCCAGAGGUGCUGUUUUAUCUGGGUGACCUUGGCACAAAAUGGGAGGUGAUUUCAGUGCUCCAGAAUGACCAGCCCAUGGGGGGCAAUACGUACACUGCCGAGGCGCUAGCCUUCUCCGACCACAUGUUCACUGAAGCCCGGGGCAGCCGCCUACAAAAGGGGGUCCCCCAGGUCCUCAUAGUGAUAACUGAUGGGGAAUCCCACGAUGCAGAUCAACUCAAUGCCACAGCAAGGGCCCUGCGGGACAAGGGCAUCCUUGUUCUGGCCGUGGGGAUUGCUGGAGCCAACCAAGUGGAGCUGUUAGCCAUGGCAGGGUCGAGGGACAACUACUACUUUGUGGAGACUUUUGGAGGCCUAAAGGGGAUCUUUUCCGAUGUGUCAGCCAGUGUCUGUAACUCUUCAAAAGUAGAUUGUGAUAUUGAUAAAGUAGAUCUUGUUUUCCUCAUGGAUGGUUCUAACAGCAUUCACCCAGAUGACUUCAAGAAGAUGAAGGAAUUUUUGGCAUCUGUUGUUCUAGACUUUGAUGUCAGCCUAAACCGAGUGAGGAUAGGGGUGGCCCAGUUUAGCCAUACCUACCAGUCAGAGUUCCUGCUGGGAGCAUUCAUAGGUGAAAAGGAGAUUUCCUUUCAGAUUGAAAACAUCAAGCAGAUCUUCGGAUAUACGCACAUCGGGGCUGCCCUCCAGAAGGUGGGGCAUUACUUCCGGCCAGAUAUGGGCAGUAGGAUAAAUACAGGGACCCCCCAGGUGUUGCUGGUCCUCACAGACGGACAGUCGCAGGAUGAGGUGGCUCAGGCCGCUGAAGAGCUGCGGCGCAAGGGCAUCGACAUCUACUCCGUGGGCAUCGGGAACGUGGACGACCAGCAGCUCAUGCAGAUCACGGGGACCGCAGAGAAAAAGCUGACGGUCGAUAACUUCAACGAACUGAUGAAGGUCAAGAAAAGGAUAGUUCGCAACAUCUGUACCUCUGGGGGUGAAAGCAAUUGUUUCGUGGACAUUGUGGUGGGAUUUGAUAUCUCAACUCAGCAAAAAGGGCAGACUUUGCUUGAAGGUCAGCCUUGGAUAGGAACCUACCUUCAAGACAUCUUACUUGCCAUCAGCUCUCUCAAUGGAGUGAGCUGUGAGGUGGGGACAGAGACUCAAGUUAGUGUGGCAUUUCAAGUGACCAAUGCCAUGGAAAAAUAUUCCCCCAAGUUUGAGAUCUACAGUGAAAAAAUACUGAACAGUUUGAAGGGUGUGACAGUUAAAGGACCAUCUCUUCUAAACACAAACCUCUUGAGUUCACUAUGGGAUGCAUUUCAGAAUAAAUCAGCUGCUCGAGGAAAGGUGGUUCUUUUAUUUUCAGAUGGACUGGACGAUGAUGUUGAAAUACUUGAACAAAAGUCUGAUGAACUUAGGCGAGAAGGCCUGAAUGCGCUGGUAACUGUGGCUCUGGACGGACCUGCCUAUUCAAGUGAUCUAGCCGAUCUUCUCUACAUUGAAUUUGGGAGAGGAUUUGAGUACCGGACACAGCUAAGCAUCGGAAUGAGAGAUCUUGGGAGCCGGCUGUCAAGGCAUCUGGUCAAUGUUGCCGAAAGGACAUGCUGCUGUUUGUUCUGCAAGUGCAUUGGGGGAGACGGAGUGAUGGGAGAUCCUGGACCACCUGGGAAAAAGGGAUCCCAAGGUUUUAAAGGCAGUGACGGCUACCUGGGAGAGGAGGGUAUUGCUGGAGAGAGAGGAGCCCCUGGACCAGUGGGAGAGCAAGGCACCAAGGGAUGCUACGGGGCCAAAGGUCCUAAGGGCAACAGGGGACUAAAUGGACAGGAGGGAGAAGUUGGGGAAAGUGGAAUUGAUGGACUAAAUGGAGAGCAGGGUGACAAUGGUCUUCCUGGAAGAAAAGGGGAAAAGGGUGAUGAAGGAUCCCAGGGCAGCCCAGGGAGAAGGGGGAUUUCUGGUGACCUUGGAGCAAAGGGCCUGCGAGGAGAUCCUGGUGAUCCUGGAUUUGACAAUACCAUAGAAGGUCCCAAGGGCAUUAAAGGAGAAAGCGGAAGACAAGGUAGAAAAGGCUGGCCAGGUCCUCCUGGAACACCAGGCUCCAGAAGAAUGACAGAAGCUCAUGGCCGAAGGGGACAAACAGGCCCAGAGGGGAGCAGAGGCAUGCCGGGGCCAGAUGGACUUGAAGGCUCGUCGGGACUAAAGGGGCCGCAGGGUCCCAGAGGAGAUGCUGGUAUGAAAGGAGAAAAAGGAGGUCUUGGAAGUAAAGGUCCCCAGGGGCCUCCAGGACCAGGAGGAGAGGCAGGGAGUCAAGGCCGUUUGGGAAUCCAAGGAAAUAAAGGAGAAGCUGGAAGUCUGGGGAAAAAAGGAGCUGUGGGCUUUCCAGGUCCUCGGGGAAUGCCGGGUGACUAUGGCAGUCCAGGUUAUGGUAGAAUUGGAAGUAAAGGAACAAAGGGACAUGAAGGAUUCCCUGGAGAAAGUGGACCUAAGGGUGAGACUGGGGACUCUGGUGAUCCAGGAGAAAUGGGACCGAAAGGAGCUAGAGGCAAGACGAUGUUUGCUGGGGUUGCAGGAGAGAUGGGAUCCCCUGGGGAGCCAGGACCUACUGGACGCAAGGGUAUGAAAGGGACCAAAGGAUGGGCUUCAUUUUCUACAUGUGAACUUAUUCAGUAUGUGCGGGACUACAGUCCUGGCGGGUACGGAAAACCUGAAUGUCCCGUGCAUCCCACCGAGUUGGUGUUUGCCUUAGACCAGUCCCGGGAUGUCACCAAGCAGGAAUUUGAGCGGAUGAAGGAGAUGAUUGCUUCCCUCGUGAGAAACAUUAAGGUCCGGGACAGCAACUGUCCAGUGGGGGCACGCAUUGCCAUCCUCUCCUAUAACUCCCACGCCAGGCACCUCAUCCGCUUCUCAGACUCCUACAGCAAGAACCAACUUCUCAGGGAAAUAGAAGCUAUUCCUUAUGAAAGAUCCUCGGAUGCGAGGGAGAUUGGCAAAGCCAUGAGGUUUAUUUCCAGGAAUGUCUUCAAGCGAACAUUUCCAGGGGCUACUACGAGAAGAAUCGCCACAUUUUUCAGCAGCAGCCAGUCUGCGGAUGCUCAGUCCGUCACCACGGCCGCCAUGGAAUUCAGUGCCCUGGACAUCAUUCCAGUGGUGAUUGCUUUUGGAAACGUGCCCUUAGUCAAGCGUGCAUUUGGGAUCGAUGACACUGGCACAUUCCAAGUAAUAAUGGUUCCACCUGGGGCCGACGACACGCCAGCAUUAGAAAGACUCCAGCAAUGCACUUUCUGCUAUGACAUUUGCAAGCCGGAUGCUUCUUGUGAUCAAGCCAAACCAUCCCCUCUGCAGUCUUACGUGGACGCUGCUUUCCUUCUGGAUGGCUCUCGGAACGUGGGACGUGCCGAAUUUGAAGACAUAAGAGACUUCCUGGGAGCACUGUUAGAUCACUUUGAAAUCACCCCAGAACCCAUGACCUCUGUCACUGGAGACAGGGUGGCCCUAUUGAGCCAUGCUCCCCCUGACUUCCAACCCUACACUCAGAAGAGUCCCGUUAGAACCGAGUUCAACCUUACCACCUACAGCAGUAAACGCCUCAUGAAGAGGCACAUGAAAGAAUCCGUUCAACAACUAAAUGGAGAUGCUUUUAUUGGCCACGCUUUACAGUGGAUUCUGGACAAUGUCUUUUUAAGUACACCCAAUCUGAGAAGAAACAAAGUCAUAUUUGUGAUAUCUGCUGGGGAAACCAGCUAUUUGGAUAAGGAAACCUUAAAGAAAGAAUCCUUACGAGCCAAAUGCCAAGGUUAUGCGCUAUUUGUGUUUUCCCUUGGCCCUACUUGGAAUGACAAGGAACUAGAAGAUCUAGCCAGCCACCCUUUGGAACACCACUUGAUUCAGCUUGGCCGAAUUCAUAAGCCUGACCACAGAUACAGUGUGAAGUUUACGAAGUCCUUUAUAAAUUCAGUCAGGCGUGCAAUCAACAAAUAUCCACCAGUAAAUUUCAGAACAAAAUGCAACAGAUUCACUCCUUCAGAUCCAAGGCAGCCCCCACGACAGUUACAAAGCUCUAUUCCUGGACCACAUAAAGCUGCCCUCAAACAAGAUGCAUCACAGAAGGCAAUAUUUUUUCAAGAUAAAAAAUACCUUUCAACAGUAGCAAGAGGAAGCAGAGAUGAUGAUGUUCAAAAUUUUAGAAAUUUUACCAGAAACAUAUUCCCUUUCUUUAAAACUGGGAGAAGGAUGAUAAAAACUGUUCCCAAGUGACAGGAUAAAGAAAGUGCUCACUUAGGAAGCAAGGUAGGACUUAAGACUUAAAUUAGUAGCUAAAUCUAAGCCCACUGUUAGCACUCUGGGUCACUUUUUUUGAGGGCAGGGCGGGGGCAGGGAACACAUUUGCCUUUAUCUGGAACUCUACUCUUGAGAGCCGAACAAGCCACAAGUUACAGACUAUCAAGUAACCUGACCCCUUGCACUUAUUGGGAUUGAUAUAUUUUGCCCAUUUAUUUGAUCAACCCUGACAAUUCCAGCAGUCUAAAAUGGAUAUGUUCAAGAACUGUUAUUAGAAGAUGGAAGAAUGAAAGAAGUGUUUUUGAAAAGUCUAAUGGAAAGGUGAUUUGAAAGUAAAUUUUGUAUAGUGUAAUCAUGUGUAUACAUGGACAAAGGCUAGUUCUUUUGAUUACAGGUCUCUGUCCAGUAUUUUCUGCAAACCAAGCCCUCAUCUCAAUUUACUACUGUUUAAUGCUCAUCUAUUUAACCAGAAGUAUUUUCAAGCACUUUGGGUUGCAAAACAUUUACCUAGAAAUGGAUGCUGUUUGAAUAUCAUGUUUUUGAAGAUUUGACUUUGCACGACUAUUCCAUUUAAACACACCUUUCUCUUUGUGUGGACUAACUACUCCUCAGAUAGGCUUGUGCUGUACAGUUUCCUCUCACCUCUGAAUUGUUUGGUUAGAUAGGUGAGAAGCAGAGGGUAAUUUUCCCCAGCUCCAAAUCCUCCUUAAUUCACUGAGAAACUCAAUUCCCCCAGAACAAAGAUUAUUUCCCUUGAGCUGCAAGUUCUUUCUUCAUCACAGAGCCUCCUGCCUGGCCAUCUUCAUGGACUUUUAUUUUUUCUUUUCCUUCAUUUAUUAUUUUCUACUAAUACCUAUUUUCUUUAGACAAGGUGAGUAAAGACACAACUUGUCAAAGGUGAACUUAUGAGUUACUUUUACCCAUCUGGUAACUAUUUCAAUGGUGAACAGCACUAAAACAAGAUUCUCGAAGCUCUGAAGGAGCCUUAAAUGCACACGUUCUGAGUUUGGAAAAGGUAAGAAAAUCAUUGCUUUAAUAUACAAAUCUACAUGCAGAGAUGCAAAAUUCAUCAGAGAGAGUUAGAGCAGGGAAGUUUUACAAAAAAAAUACCCUGCUAGCCUCUAGUAGCAUUCUAUGAUGGCUCCAAAUUUCCUCACUGCCAUCGAGUUUACGUAACUAUAAUCUAAUGAAGGACUGAUAUUUCCAACAAAUAAACCCCAACAUGGCAUUAUUUAUGACCUUACCUAAAAUUCUAAAAGCUGACACCAUUGUUGGUAGCCAUGUCCCUGCUACAGCAGACCAUCCCUCUCUGCAGAAAGGGAGACCUUGCUUAGAUGCAUGGGGGACAGAUGGUUACUGAUAUUACAGAUCAGUGGAUGCAUUCUGAUUUUGUUUUCUAUACCUCUUUUCAUAAAACCUGGGAAAGAAGAGCUAUCUGCCAUAAUUUUUUUUUAAACCACUUCUGCCAUCCAUACUCAGGCAACUCCAUAGAUAUAGCUCAGCUCCCAACGGCUUCAGAGGAGCAAGGAUUCCAGGGAGUUAAAUGAAAUAUUCAUACUCAGGUAACAGAGAAGAAUAAAGCAUAUCAGGUUUCUUCAUUCAUCUUAAGUGGUGCUCAGAAGUUCUAAAAAAGUUUGUGUUUCAAGUACAGGAAAUUGGUGAACAAUAUUUAAGAGAUAUUUUAAUAAAAGGAAUUUUUCUGGUUAACAUUGAAUUAAGGAAAAACCCCUUUCUUCUGCUUGUUGGAAAUACCUUUAAAAUGCAUUGGUCUUUUUUAAAUUUUUUUUUUUUUGCAUUGGUAAGUAAAGUACACCAAACAAAUAUUUCUUUGGUGAUUGAGAUAAUUUCAGUAUUUUUGGGUCAUCCUUCUAAUCAUUAACAGGUGAGGUGGCUGUAGAAUGUGAACUGCAAAUAAGAAAGUUCUUUUUUUAAAAACAAAGUCCUAGUAUUAGUACUUUCCACAAUUUACCUCUUUCUCCUAAAAGUAUGAUGCAGCAAAAAAAAAAAAGUUGAAAGUAAAUUAAAUAAAAUGCUAUUUAAACCAAGAAUCACACAAAUAAGCAAUAAGGGUUCUUGGUUUAAAAAUGUAAAUUAAUUGACUAAAGAACCAGCAUACCAUUAUCAUACUGAGCUAUGAAUCAAACUUGUUAAAUCAAAGAAAAUAUGGAGGCCAAAAAGAGAUGCAACUCAACAUGACAUACAUUUUAAUAUUAAGUAACAAUUCAACCAAAUGAUCUCUCUUUUCUGCAGGGUGCAGGGGAUGGGAGAUAGGAAGAUAAAGGGAGAAAAUGAUCAUAUCUCUGUCAGCUCACUCUAUUUUUUAACUCAGCACUUCCCACGUUUUAUCAAUCUAAUGGUUCCAGGCCUGAAGUCCAUUCUCAGAAUACCAGUUUAUGUCUCAAAAAUGUUUUUUCCUAGCACCUGCAGACUCUAAAUUGAUCUUAUUUGCUCAAAACCCUGUAAAUAUGCUCUUGGAAGACUUUAAGGACAGUAGAGGCGAUGCAACAUGACAAUGCCAACAUUAGACUUGCAGAUUCUACUGAUCCUGUAAGCAAUCUGGUCUAGUCAAAGUCCAUCUCGUAAAUUUGUCCUUUACUAAUGACGUGUGUUUUCCAAUAGUUUUGUGGUUUAUUUAUCUGAAUGCUAAGCGUACCAAAUCGUGAAGCUAGACAUAUGCAUUAUAAACUAUGAUUAUUCCAUAAAUGAAUUAUCUAGUUAAAGGAUUAUAGAAAAUUAUUUUUGAGUGUUUCUUAAGUGAGUAGUGUAUUUACCAGAUUUGUAUUA